AUGACCAAUCAGCCAAACGACGCCUACGGCAGUGAAAGAUGUGUCCGAAUUGGCUCUGGAUCACUUUGGGGCGACCAGCACUGUCAGGACAAGCGUGGCUACGUAUGUAAGAAAAGACCUGGUGACUACACCGUUCCCCCCAUGACCCCAGCAUCUACUAAGGGUGGCUGUCCACUGGGGUUCCAUUCUCUGCCUUCUCUAUCUAAGUGCUUCACUAUCGGAGGCUUGAAGCCCUCACAGAGAGUGAACUACACAGACGCCAUGUCGGUUUGUAAUCUGCUGAAUUAUAAAUCACGACUGGCCUCAAUUCACAACCCAGUGGAACAAAAAUUCAUCACAGUCCUGUUGGCUAACUCGGGCAGCCGAUCACCGUCCUGGAUUGGUUUCAACGACCGAAGGUUUGAAGACCAGUUUGUUUGGGUGGACAACUCCAGGGUAGACUACACGGCCUGGGGCUACAAACAACCAGACGAGAACAAAAAUGACAAGAGAUGGAUUGCUAGGAGAGACUGCGUCGACAUGGAUAUGGGCGUCCAAAAUUCCGGUCGCUGGAACGACAGGAGAUGUAGUAAUAAAUACUCCUUUGUUUGUGAGACUGCUAAAGGUGAGGAGAAAACACAAACGAUUAGCACACAUCCAUACAGCCACAUAUAUACGUGCACGCACAUUUAUGCAAACACACUUAUGCAAACUAACCUCAUCAAUUUUGUACAAGAAGUUCAUAGGUAA